AUGGCGUUCUGGCGGCUUGCGGUACAGAUACCAACUGGUCGAAGAGUGGACAGAGGAAGACAAUGUUGUCCUUGCAAAAAAGAAGAAGAAGAAGUUAAAAGAUGGCCUUCCUUCGGUGAGGGCGCAAUCACAAGCGAAAUAUCAAAGAACACUUGUGCUUGGGUCAUCCAAUCAGAGACUCUUGCACGGCUUGCCGUAAUCGGAUCAAUAUAUAACCGUUGCUUUGAUACAGUUUCUGGUUACUUGAAUGCAGCUGUUGGAGUGAGGCCUGAACAGCAGAAACUCAAGAUAUGCCACGAAAUACGAUGCCGUGCUGAACUUGUCUUUGGAUAG